AUGGAUCUCAAGAGAGUCAAAGUAUCGGAAUCCAUCCCAGUUCAAUUUGUAUCGACUCUGCUUGAACCUCCACCAGGUUACAAAGUCGUUCAACAACUCGGACUGGUUCGAGGCAUCACUGUCCGCUCGAGGAAUGUCAUCGCGAGCAUUGGUGCUGGUCUCAGGUCAUUGGUGGGAGGAAACAUUGAGACAUUCCGUGUACUGUGCGAAGACAGCAGGCAGGAAGCGUACAACAUCAUGGUAGACCAUGCUUUUGCUUUGGGCGCCAAUUGUGUGUUGUGUGCUCGAUACGACAACAAUGACAUUGACGUCGGAAUCACUGAAAUGUUGUGCUAUGGCACCGCUGUUCGAAUAGAACCAAUAAAAGCUACUGCCUAA